GGAGCGUCAAGGAGGAGGAGGAGGAGGACUGUGUGUGCUGCUGCUCGUUCACAAUAUCAUUUAUUCCAGCUGUUACAGAAGUAUGCUGCCAAGGGACCAUGAAGGUGAAACCAUCUCUGUGUGGGUGCGAGACCCUAAAGUACAGAAAGAAGAUUGGCAUUCUUAUGUGGAUUAUGAAAUAUGUCUUCAUACAAACAGUAUGUGUUUUACUCUGAAAACUUCAUGUGUAAGAAGAAGGUUUCGGGAGUUUGUAUGGCUUCGACAAAAGCUUCAGAACAAUGCUGUGUUAACUCAACUACCAGAGCUGCCUCCCAGAAUCCCAUUUUUCAAAAUCAGGAAUAGUCAAAAUUUGGAGCAGCGUGUCCGCGGAUUACAAGAGUUCCUAAACAACUUGGCACAGAAGAAAUUGAUGCCUGCGCAUCUGGAAAAACAGAAUAUUCCGUUUUUGAAGCCAUUCACAAGUUCGCCAACUCAAACCGGCGGUUUCCUGUGGAAGAGGAAGAGGAGAAAACAAACCAUUACUCGGAUCCCGAGAGUUCAUCCUCUAAGCUUGGACACAAGUGUGAUGGUCAUCUCCUACACGGAUGCAAUGUAGACAAAGAUCAUGAAGUAUGGACUACUGUUCUGCCUCCAAAGUAGCUUGGACUCUGGGCAUUAGUCUUAUAUGUUCAGUUUUAAUACCCCAGUGUGAAAACUGUAACACCUUUCAUUUUGGAAUAACGCAGUCUUGGUGGUCAAACACUGGUCUAGAUACUCCGUUACAGCAACGCCAGCAUAUUUAAAGGGAACAACAUUUUUAAAUAUGCUAUCAAACUUGCAGAUUAGUGAAGGUUAAUUUAAAUAAUUGCACCGUCAGAGAGUUUAUAGCAUUACUCGUAUAUCAAGUCAUGUAUGCCAGCAGAAAACUCAAGACAUUCCUGGGGCUGUAAGUCUUUCCUUGUCUCCAACGCCACUGGAAGAGGUGAAUCAAGAUCUGAUGUAGCUCAUGCUGUUUUCUUUUGUGGCAGUGGCAUGGCAGGAAGGUGCCCGUGUGAUUCUGCACAAAGAAAAAAAAAUACUAGGAGCAAACAGCUUUUUUGCUAUGUUAGCAAUAUUUAUAGUGAGCUUUCCUUUAAAUUCAAUGGUUUUCUUUUGUAUUUUUUUUUUAGUAAUGUAUGUGUGUGUGUGUGUGUGUGUGUGUAUAUGUAUGUAUGUAUAUAUAUAUAAAUGUGUGUGUAUGUAUGUAUGUAUGUAUGUAUGUAUGUGUAUAUAUAUAUAUAUAUAUAUAUAUAUAUAUAUAUAUAUUACACACACACACACACACAUAAACAUCAGUCCUAUAUAAACAUAUAUAUGUGUUACACAGGACUGAUGUUUAUGUGUGUAUGUAUAUGUUUUUUAUAUAUAUAUAUAUAUAUAUAUAUAUAUAUAUAUAUAUAUAUAUAUAUAUAUAUAUAUAUAUAUAUAUAUAUAUAUAUAUAUAUAUAUAUAUAUAUAUAUAUAUAUAAUCUAAGGGGUAGAUUGCACCCUGUAGUGGCUUAGAUCACUACUUAAUUUGCCUUUAUUUAGCCACUACUAGUAGUGUUGCACAGAGACCUUCAGAUUAAACUGGUCUCUGUGCAUAAGGGUUUUUAUUUCCCCCAAAGCGUAGGUCUCCCAUUCCCUGCCCCUUAAAACAAGCCACUUAAACUGCAAUAACUGCGCUUUGGGGGAAAUAAAACCCCGUCUGUAUUGUCAUUUGUUUGUGAAUAUUAUGUGCACUGUAGGGCUGCUUCUAUGUGAAGCCAAUGAAAUGUUUUGUCCAAAUUAUUGAUUUGUGUUUGUAUUUUUGCUUUGUUACUGUGAUUGUUUUGCUGCUAUUGCUGACUACUUCAUAUAUUGUUGGAUUUCUUUUCUUUGUAAACCAUCAUUUACAUUGUAUGUUUGUACUUUAAGGACGUUGAAUAAAAUCAGAAGUAUGCAAUUAA